AUGGAUAAAGAUAAAGAUAAAAACAAGAACACACCUCUGUUAUACCAAGACACAAUGAACGAUUUAGGUGAUGGUUUACAAAAUAUGGAUACACUUCGUUUAAAUAGAAAUGGGAAUAGUGGAAACGGGAACAAGAAUAAGACGAAUGGGAGUAAAGGUGUUAAAGGUGAAUCUGAGAAGAAGAAAGAAACAAAUGGUCAUGAUGAUUAUGUGAAAGAAUCCUUAAAUAGAAUGUUAGAAUCUCAUAUAGAUCAAUAUUUUAAGGGUUUGGAUUAUUAUAAGAAUAAUCCUAAAUGUAAAAUCGAUCCAAAGAUUCAUUUACAUGGUUCUGAAGAAAUAGAGAAUUACAUAGUGAAAGAAAAAAUAUUUGUUACAACAUAUUUUCAAUAUAUUGAUGUGUAUGAAAAUGCUAUAAAUGUAGAUGAAGAUUUGGAAAAAGAAGAAAUAGUAUAUGUAGAAGUACCAAAAUAUGUAACAAAAUAUAAACCCAAAAUUGUUACAAAUAUAAUUGAAAAGACUAUAGAAAUACCAAGUGGAGAAGAAAUUAAACAACCUAAAUAUAAUACUGUGAAUGUACCUUAUGUUAUACCAAAUCUUGUAGAAAAUGAAAUAUUAGUGGUAUUAAAAAAAAUCAUACAACCAGAAAUAGAAAUAACAAAUGAAGAAUUAGAAAUAGAAGUUGAAAAAUAUAUACCUCGUUUAGUACCAGUCAAUGUAUAUGUACCUCGUUAUUUUGGUAUUUCUGCUAAGGCAAAAGGUGAACCAGAAGAAUCUGUUAGAUAUGUAGAUUUAACACAAGAUCAAAUAGAUGAAUUAAUGAAAGAAUUAAAUCCUCAUCUUAAUGAAUUAAAAGUAUUUAAUGAAACACAACUUAAACGAAUGGAUGAAUAUAUGCGUGAAUCACAAAUGCAAGCAAGAGCACAUAAUUUCGAACCACCACAACCACAACUUAUUACUUAUGAUGAAAGUGGACACUGUCAAAGUUAUGAUUAUUCAGAAUUUCAUAGAUUCAAGGAAACAUGUAUAAAGGAAUUAACACACUAA